UUGAUGAACUCUUCUGCAAAGUGAGACGCAAAACAUCAACCUUGGAAAGUGAAAAAUUAUCUGAUGUAUAGUCGUAGGAUGAAUCAUUUUUAAAUUACACGUUGGUGUAUAUAUAAAGUUUGAUACCAUCACUACAUACAAGUUUAUUUCAUAAGAUUUAAGAUGUCCUGGGGAGCGCCUGGUGCAAGACCUCAAUAUGGUGGCUAUGGACAACCACAGGGUGGAGGAUACAACCCAUCAGCUCCCCCUGGUGGUGGAGGAUAUGGUGCCCCUCCACCUUAUCAACAACAGCGACCAUCAGGUUAUGGACAACCUCCCCCUCAAUAUGGUGGAGGAGGAUACCAACAAAGUGGCUACCAGCAACCACCUCAACAGUCUGGAUAUGGAGGGUAUGGUGGACCCCCUCCCCAGGGGUAUGGUGGUCCUGGUCCUGGGGGUCCACCUGGAGGGUAUGGCCCACCCCCACCUCCAGGAGUCAGUCAAGAAGUGUGGAACAUGUUUCAGGCAGUAGAUCAAGAUAGAUCUGGUCAAAUUAGUGCUCAAGAGCUCCAGUUUGCUCUAAUGAAUGGCAAUUGGUCUCCAGUCAACCCAGAGACCUGUAGACUCAUGAUUGGCAUGUUUGAUCGAAACAAAAAUGGAACAAUUGAUGCGCAAGAGUUUGCAGCCUUGUGGAAAUAUAUCCAAGAUUGGAAAGCUUGCUUCGAAAGGUUUGAUACAGAUCGAUCAGGAAACAUCGAUGCUAGAGAACUCCAUACUGCCUUCCAGACAUUCGGUUAUAACCUUUCUCCGCAGUUCUGUGAUACUGUAGUCAGAGUAUUUGAUCGCCGGGGUGCCAGGAACAUCAACUUUGAUGACUUCAUUCAGGCCUGUGUGAUGUUAAAGACUCUCACAGACAAAUUCAGGGUGAAGGACACGCAACAAAGAGGAGUUAUAAACAUUAGCUAUGAAGAUUUCCUUGAGAUGGUCCUGGACAACACCAUUCUGAAUGUCAAGUGAUCUCUCAGACUGCCCCAUAUUUCUUGUUGACCAUAUCUUCUACAGAGGGAUACAACAACUUGAUUCGUCAGUUGACCACUGUCCAUCAUUCCCAACAUUGAUUUCACUUGUUAACCUUCUCUUAAUAGCAGCAAAAUGUAUUCUUAUGAUGUGAUGAGCUAGCUGUUGUAAUUAUUAACAUUCAUUAGGGUCAGGAUUUUUCCCUGAUACGUAUACUUUUUAUGUAGAUUUUUCACUACUCUUAGUAAUGUAUAGUUCAAGAAUGAAAUUUUUGUAUACAAAUCAAUGGAAGCUGCUGUUUUUCAUUAUUGUUAUUUCUAUUUUUAUCAUAUUGCCAUUACAAGAUUACCAAAGUUAUAUGUUUUUGUAACUUUAAUCUGUGAAUUAUAAAAUCUGACUAAAUACAAACAAAAUUGCUUGGAACAAAUUUUAAACAUUUCUAUCAUGUUGUGAGGAUGGAAGUUCAAAAGUUUGUCCUCUUAUAUACAACUUAGAUAUCAUGUUACAGGGCUGGACUUAAGAAAAAAAAUCAUAGCUGAGGUAAAACACUUCUGAAAUUCUUUUGGAUUUAUAUUUUAAAAAAAAAAUAGGUAGUGGGGUGUUAAAUAUAAAGUGGUUGUGAAGAAUGAGAGAAUGAGUAUUUGUAUUAAAUAAUGUAGGUCUGCUUUAUGUUUGAUCUUUUGGCAGGUGAUGAAUGAAUUGUCAAGGGCUUUAGGUUAUAGCUAUUUUACCUUUUAAAAAUAUUACCCUCUGAGCAUUUUUUCUUAUUAAAAUUCUUAAUUGAUUAAUGCUUCACUUUGCAUUCUUAAUAGAAUUCUUCUCUUCUCCUUGUUAUUUUUAAAUGUAUUUUAUUGUAUCCUUUGAUCAAGUGUUGCCCACAGGCAAUUAAUAUUAAUUAGUGCAGUUUGUCUGUUAAUCUUAUAUUCAAUCUUGUCCUUAGAUUUAAGUCCCAGAUACUGUACAAUUAUACGAAAGUUAUUCCAGAAGUGUUGUAAAUAAUUAUAAUGGUACAAAUAGUUUCAGUGUUUUAUAUAUGUUUAUACAUACAUGUAUGUACUUGUGUGAAUGAAUCAACUAUUCAUAGAAAUAAUUACAUGUAAUAUAAAUAAAUGAAAAACAAAAAGAUCA